AUGGAGAAUAAUGAGAGUUGCAAAUUCCUAUUUUGGUUUUCUCAGGGUAAACAAAGAGGAUUACUCCAAUUUCAUGGUGGUUUGUGGAGAAGGAGCCAGACCGAGAGGAACAGGUGCGGAGAGGAUCACGAAAGAGAUUGGACUAAGGGAACGGGAGGAGAGGCACUAGAUGAACUACAAGCUAUUAAGAAAAUACAAUUGGAAGAACAAAAUUUUCGCUAA